UUGAACGCUGCUAUUUUGUGAUGAUUUCCCGCCUUCUUCCAUCGCUCUUCCAACGGUCAAAAACUACGACUCAUCUCAUUCAAAUUCGUUCUCUGCUUCUAAAAACUGCUCUGGACCGUGACCCUCUCUCCAUCUCUUCGUUCUUAUUGACUGCUUGCUCCAUUUCAAUUGAAUUCGCCCACUCGUUUCUUCAUGAUCUCACUGUUAUCCCUCCGCUCUUCGCAUGGAAUGUAAUUAUUAGAGAAUACUCGAAGAGUCCAUACCCAAUUGAAGCCGUGAAGCUUUUCUCGGAGCUUCGCAGGUUGGGAAUCAGAUCGGACAAUUUCACGUUCCCUUUUGUUCUUAAAGCUUGUGGGCGUUGUUCCAUGUUAAGGGAAGGCGAGACAGUGCAUUCCCUGAUCUUCAAGGCUGGAUUCACUGUGGAUAAGUAUGUCAGGAAUACCCUUCUCAGGAUGUACGCUGCUUGCAAUGAAAUUGGUCUGUCAAUGCGCGUGUUCGACGAAAUGACUGAAAGAGAUGUGGUUUCCUGGAGCUCUAUGAUUGCGGGAUGCGUUGCUUGCAACUCUUCACUGAAGGCACUAAGGGUGUUCCAACAGAUGAAAAUGGCAAAUGUGGAACCCAAUUCGGUCACUUUGGUAAGCUUGCUCUCUGUUUGCACUUGUCUGGGGAAUGUGAGCACGGGAAAAUCUAUUCACUCCCACAUUGUUGUUAAUAAUAUCGGAUUGGAUGUUGCCCUAGGAACUGCUCUUCUUGAGAUGUAUUCAAAAUGUGGGUAUAUAGAGAGAGCGUUGCUUGUUUUUAGAUACAUGAAUGAGAAGAAUUUGCAGUCUUGGACAGUCAUGAUCACUGCUCUUGCUGACCAUGGUCGAGGGAAAGAUGCUAUUGCCUUGUUCACCCAAAUGGAAGAAAUUGGCUUGAAGCUUGAUAGUGUGUCAUUUUCAGGCAUCUUAUGCGCUUGCAGUCACUUAGGUCUUGUUGAUGAAGGACGAAAAUAUUUUGAUAGAAUGGUGAGUGUAUAUAAAAUAAGGCCAACAAUGGAGCACUUUGGAUGCAUGGUUGAUUUGUAUGGGCGAGCUGGGAUGGUUGAAGAAGCUUAUGAUAUUAUCAAGAACAUGCCAAUGAAGCCCAACACAAUUAUCUUAAGGAGCUACAUUGGUUCCUGUAGAAACCAUGGUCAGGUUCUUCUGGAUGAAAGCUUCAGCAAGUUUCUACUUGAAGUUGAGCCUGACCUCGGAUCAAAUUAUGUACUUGCCGCAAAUGUGUCUGCUGUGACUGGUCAUUGGGAUGAUGUAGCCAACCUGAGAGUAACCAUGAAGGAGAAGGGUUUGAAGAAAGUUCCAGGGUGCAGUUGGGUUGAAGUGCAUGGUGGUAUCGCAUAAGAGCAAGCAAAAGGGGUGUGAGAUGUCCUUUAACUUAUUUGAGGAGGAUGAAAGAGCACCUGUAUGUUCUCAACUGUCUCAUUUGUUCUAGAAAAAAUGGAGACCACAGAUAAAUGAUGGGCAUAGAAAAACGAACUGGUGACAACAAUGAUAACUUACACUUUAGACAUAUCAUCAGAUGAAGCAUUCUGUCUCAACUCCUGUGGGCUGUUGUAUGCUCUCUGUUAUCAUGUUGUAGUUUCACUCUGGGAACAGAGACUGCAUGUUGUAUUCGAGAGAAGAAGUUGAAGUGCUGAGCCAAUGUUCUAAAACGUUUUUGAAUAUGCGCAUAUGCAGAAACGGAUAAAUGAUGGGGCACAGAGAAGGUGAAAAGAAUGAGAAUUUACACUGUGGGCAUAUCAUUAUAUGAAGCAUGCUAUUCCAACCCCUAUAAGUGUUCUAUCUUCUCUGGCAUCAUAAUUUCUUUUCCAUCAGACAAUAGAGACACUAUGUUGUAUUCCAAAGAAGCAGUUGAGUAUAGUCAAUGUUCUAAAGAUUUUUGGAUGUGUGCUCAUGCAAGAACUAAUGGAAAUGCCAGGAGCUAGUUGCACUCGUAUUAAGAAAUGGAUAGCUGUCUAGUAUGUGGAAAAGAAUCUGCUGGAUUAUUCAUUUUGU